AUGGAGUCCUUCCAAGUUGAAGCCUUGAUAGAACAUCGAUUAAGCCAAGAACAGAGCCAUAAAGAAAUGUUCGCCACGAUUCAGAAACUCGAACAUCGAGUCGCGUUUAAUUUAAGCGAAAUACACAAUCGAGAUCAGGAGCAACCCUCCUUUUCCUCGUGCAAAGAGGUGCCAUGGACUGGAGUACAUCUGAUCCGUGUGAAUCGUGAUAGUGAACCGUUUGAAGUGUAUUGUGAACAGGAAACGUUUGGAGGAGGAUGGAUUGUGUUUCAGUUCCGUUACGAUGGAUCACUUGACUUUUACCGAGGGUGGAAUGAGUUUCGUGACGGUUUUGGUGAUUUGAACAAAGAGUUUUGGUUAGGUCUUGAGAAGGUCCACCAGAUAACAAGUGGCCGUAAGCAUGAAUUGGUCGUUGAAUUGGAAGAUUUUGAAAGAACGUACAAAUGUGCGCGGUUUAAUGCAUUCGAAAUAGGUAGUGAAAGUGACCAAUAUGACGUGAAGGCUAUUGGAAAGUAUAGUGGGACUGCAGGUGAUCGGAUGUCCUAUUAUAAGGAUAGGAAGUUCUCAACCAAAGAUCGGGAUAAUGAUAUGAGCAAUAGACAUUGUGCACAGGAGUUCGAAGGUGCAUGGUGGCACUGGAUUUGUACUGACGUGAAUUUGAAUGGGAGAUACUUGAACGCUGUUGAUAAAAAAUCCAUCUAUUGGCGUUCUUUAAAAAACCAUCAAGGAUUGAGUUAUUCUCGAAUGAUGAUUCGGGAGCAGGAAUAG